CUCCUUCAGUGCAGCUACGCGAGCUGAUCUGUGCGAAUCGAAGGCGAAUUCACUCUAUAUAUAUAACUAUAUAGACAAGAAGUCAGCUAUGGGCCAGUUUUACGGUUUAUUUCGUCUGCUGCUGGUCAGCUUUCUUUUGCUGGCUGUAGCCAAAGCGGAGAAAGACCGUCAGCAUGGACGAAGCUUGUCGCGGCCCGCGCCAGCCGUUAAAUAUGAAAAGGAAAUGCAGAGCCACUAUUGGCGCGAGGAUGCUCAGAAGACCUUGGCCGAUAAGCUGGAUGCGUUGAGUCAAUUGAAGAAGCAAGGUGCAAAGAAUGUGAUCAUGUUCCUGGGCGAUGGCAUGUCGAUUCAUACGAUAACAGCGACCAGGAAUCUGCUCGGCGACAGCUCCGAGAAGGUCUACUUUGAGCAGUUUCCCUAUACGGGCCUAUCGAAGACAUACUGUGUGAAUCGCCAGGUCGCUGACUCCGCCUGCACCGCAACUGCUUAUCUGGGUGGUGUGAAGGCCAACUAUGGUACGAUUGGUGUGAACGCGAAUGUGCCACGUUACGAUUGCAAAGGCGCCUAUGUGGCGCAGAAUCAGGUGGACAGUAUUGCCAAGUGGGCACAGGAUGCGGGCAAGGACGCUGGCUUCGUGACAAGUGCCAGAGUUACCCAUGCGUCACCAGCUGGCGUCUAUGCGCACAUCUCUGAUCGCAAUUGGGAAAACGAUGCAGAGGUUAGGGAGAAGGGCUGCGAUCCAGAGGAGAGCAUAGAUAUAGCUCGUCAGCUGGUUGAAUGGGAAGUGGGCAAGAAAUUGAAGGUGAUUCUCGGAGGUGGUCGACAGAACUUCCUGAAUGAGACCAUGCGUGAUGAGGUGGGUCAUCCAGGCUAUCGCCAGGAUGGACGCAAUUUGAUCAAGGACUGGCUGGCGGAUAAGCAGGCACAGAAAGCGUCGGCGAGCUAUGUAUGGAGCCGAAAAGGUCUAACCCAAUUGGACCUGGAUAAUACGGACUAUUUGCUGGGUCUUUUUGCCAAGGGACACUUGCCCUAUGAUGGUGAUCGUGAGCGCAACCCCAAGAAUAGCCAUCUAGCUGAUCCAUCGCUAACCGAGCUAACGGAGGCAGCUUUGAAGGUGCUUCAGCGAAAUGAGAAAGGAUAUUUCCUAUUUGUGGAAGGCGCUCGCAUUGACAUGGCUCAUCAUUCGAACUAUGCGCGUCGCUCGUUGGAGGACACCGCCGAAUUCGCUCGAGCUAUACAGAAGGCACGAGAAAUGACCGACGUGGAUGAUACCCUAAUUGUCGUGACAUCCGAUCAUUCGCAUGUAAUGACCGUCAAUGGUUAUCCGCUACGUGAACAGGAAAUAACAGGCUUGGCUAAUAAGUUAGCCGAUGAUGGCAGACCCUAUAAUAUACUCUCCUAUGCCAAUGGACCUGGCUAUGCGGGCACCUACACUAAGGCUGAUGGCCGCAAGCCUAUUAGCCAACAGCACACGGAGCAUCCGCUGUAUGUGAGUCCAGCCAUGGUGCCCCUCGAUGCCGAUACACAUGGUGGGGAUGAUGUUGCCGUUUUUGCUUCGGGUCCAUUUGCCCAGUAUUUCAGCGGCAAUUACGAACAGACCAACAUUCCAGCCAUGAUGGCCAGAGCUGCUUCCAUCGGACCCUUUGCCAAUGUUCAGCCUUAGGUACUCCUCUCCCUAUCUCUCGCUAUCCAAAUGUGUUUGGUGUUCUCUGUUUAUUUUUUCGUUAUUUUGUCAAUUCAAGUUGCCAAAAGCAAUUAAAAUGUUAGCGCAAUAGCUAAAUGUACUGCUCAUGGCAGUUUCUGGAAUACUCUAAUUUAGACUUAUUCUAUUUCGAUGGUCAUUAUGUAGCAGAGAAAUGUUGCAACUCACAUAAAACACAUGGAAACAC